AUGCAUUUCAUUACGGCUUCACUGCUGCUCAUCCUUCCCAAGGUUAUAUGCGGCCCAUUAUCGGCGGACAACUCGGCUACAAACGUCGUUAGACUAACCUACCAAACGAACAACAACGCAAAGCCAAUUGCAAAAGACGUUGCUGCGCUCUCUAUUGAAUUCUGCUACAUCACAGACUAUCUCGGCGAUGUCGACCACCCUAACUCCCUUUCCCUCUUCCUCCUCCAAAACAUUGAAGACAUAAUUGGUGCUCCUCCAGUCAUCCGCAUCGGUGGACAUACCCAGGACGCUGCCUCGUUCUGUGCCACCUGCCCACAGACUUUAAACAACACCUAUGAAACCGGAAACGAAGAAGCCAUCGCCGUGAGCUUCAAUAAAGGUCUCUUCACUGUCUUAAACGAAAACGUCCCACGGCGCCAGGAAUUCAUCUUCGGACUUAACUUCGCCUGCAACGAUGUCUCCGUCCCCCUCGCUGAAGUCAAAGCCGCGGAGAAGUAUAUGCAUCCGUCGCGCCUGCGCGCAUACGAGCUAGGCAAUGAGCCCGACUUCUAUAGCUCAUCACAGCGCCCCAGGCCAUGGAAUGUGGGCAAGUACGUAGCACAACAAGAACUUUGGCUUGACCGGCUGGGGAAGGAGACGAAGAAGGGUUUUUCGAUCGGAGCGCUCGCGCAACUACCUAUCUACCAGGGAAAUUUCUCACUCGCAGAGAUAACCGCUCUCGGGCUGCCGAAAAAGGUAGAUUAUCCGAUGGAUCUUUCGGAUCACGCGUACCCGUAUUCCCGCUGCGAUCCCGCACGAGCAGCCCAGGUGUCACUUUCUGGUCUCAUGAAUCACACUGCCUUAGUGGAAUACUUUUCCCAGUGGACCCCCGAGAUCAAAGCUGCAAAUGAUGCUGGUCUUCCAUUCUUAAUGGGCGAGACGGGCAGUGUGUCUUGUCACGGAGCACAGGGCGUGAGCAAUACCCUUGGCGCCGCGUUAUGGGAGCUAGACUAUAUGCUUCACGGCGCGACCAUAGGGAUGAGCGGUGUAUACUUCCACAUGGGGACACCAUUCUACUACAGUAUGUGGCAGCCCGUUGCAUACAAUGGAACCGCUGCUACAGUUUAUCCUACGUAUUACAGUAUGCUUUUCAUGGCGACGGCCCUCACGCUCAAUAACCCGCACAUCGCCUCCCUCCCAGCAACAGACCCCGAUCUAGCACUGUAUGCACUCUACGAAGGAUCCACAUCAGCUACUAUGAAGCCCGAAAAGCUCAUCAUUCUCAACAUGGGUUUCCUCAAAUCAAACCUAAGCAGCCCAGUUGCUCCGUCAAAGGCAAUUGACGUCUCGCAGGUUCUUGGAAAGCGGACAAAAAUAACGCGGUUAUCCGGACCAGGAAGUGACGCCAUCUCUGGCGCAACGUUCGCUGGGCAGAGCUAUGAUUCGGGCAGGGCCAACGGAAGGAAGGCGGUGGAAAGGGCUGGAGGGAUCGUGGUGGUGAGGAGUAGCGAGGCUGUUAUUGUUGAGAAGUAUUAG